AUGCGCCCUUACACCGUCAUCGCCGCCGCCCUCGCCCUCGCCCCGGCUCUCGCCUUCGCCCAGACGGUCAACGUCCCGACCUGCGUCGUGACCUGCAUCGCCUCGGCCGCCGGCUCGACGUCGUGCGCGUCCAACGACAUCCAGUGCCUGUGCUCGUCCGACACGUUCCUCACCGACGUGUCGAGCUGCAUGCAGGGCGAGUGCUCGGCCGAGGAGCUCCAGGCGGGCGCAGCCGUCGGCGAGGAGUACUGCGCCGCGGUCGGCGUCAGCGUCUCGCUCGACCUCGGUUCGGCAACGUCCUCUGCGGCAACCGAGUCGGCGACGUCGUCGGUCGCGACCGAGUCGUCCUCUUCCGCUGCCGCCGAGUCCUCGUCGUCCGAGGCUGCCGAGACCUCUUCCUCCGCAACUUCUGCCGCCGCCACCUCGUCGGUCGCCUCGGCCGCCUCGUCCGCCGCCUCGUCCGUCUCGUCCAUGGUCGCUUCUGCCACUGGCUCUGCCCCGACCGGCGCGGCAUCGGGCACGUCGGGCGCGAGCGUCGCCCUCGUCGCUCGCGGUGCGGGCGCGGCGGCGCUCAUCGCGGCCGGUGCAGCUCUUGCGCUCUAG